AGAAGAAGAGUGUACUCCUGCAGCUGUGUCUGUCCAAUGACUCUUAGUCUGUUAUUCACUUUAAACUGAAGAUGUCGGAAGAGCUGCGGUCACAGCUGGAGAACUACCUGCAGACCCUGGACAUCCAGACCACCUGCGUGGACCACCCACCGGUGUUCACUGUGGAAGAGAUGAUGCCUCACCUUCAGGAAGUGGGCGGAGCUGUCACUAAAAACCUUUUCCUGAAGGACAAGAAGAAGAAGGGUCUGUGGCUGGUGUCGGCUCGCCACGACCACCAGGUCAACCUCAAUGACCUUGCCAAGAAGCUCGGCGUCGGAAGCGGCAACCUGCGCUUCGCAGAUGAGGCGACCAUGUUGGAGAAACUGAAGGUGGGUCAGGGCUGCGCUACGGCUCUCGCUCUGCUCUUCGAUAGGGACCACAGCGUAAGGUUGGUCCUGGACCGGGACCUGGUAGAAGGAGGCCACAACAUGGUCUACUUCCACCCCAUGACCAACGCCGCCACCAUGGGGCUCCGCCCACAUGACCUGCUGCGCUUCCUCAAGGAGACGGGACACGAACCCGUCCUAGAGAGCUUUGAGUAGGGACCGGACCUGGGUCAGGGAGUGGACAGGAUCAGGCCGAGGGAUUAAAGAGUGUUCUAGUCCGGUCUGCUGUUAGACCAGGACCUGGAGAGGACCUGUUUAUCUUGGAGGGAGUUUCUGAGGAGGAAAGUCUCAGUCCUGAGUCUUUCUCCCUGUCUGUGUGUGUGUGUGUGUGUGUGUGUGUGUGUGUG